AUGCAAUAUUAAGACUCACGAAGAGUGAUUAAUCCUAUUUAUUAAGAUUAACCAAAAUAAGUAAGGCCUAGAUCUAUUUCAAAUACUACAAAGUUGUUGGCUUGGGACACUCAACAAUUUAAUUCCAAGACCGAUAUCACAAUAAAUUGCUAAACUACUAGUAAUGAAGUAAAACAUGCUAAAAAAAAUUAAAGGAAUGCUUCCUCUAUUUUAGGUGGAGAUAACUUUGCUAAAGUCAUAAAUUCAAGACCAUACUACGAUUUUAAUGAAAUUAUCAAAAAUUAACAUGUAGCGUAAACUACUAAAGAAAAAAUAAUUAAUCCCAAUAAAUUGACGUUACAAGAUGAUAAUUAGGUGCUCUCAUCAAAAGAAUCAAAAUCUUAGGAAAGGCAAUCUACCAAAUAGAUAAAUUUCUCAAAAGGAGAAAAGGAAAACUAUUCAAUACAUUAAUAAGAAUUGAUACGAUUAAACAAAACAGAGAAUGUUAAAUCCAGAUCUAAAGGCUAAAAUGAUGAAAGUAAACAACACAUUUCUGAAUUGAAAAGACGCAUGAUGAAUUACCCUUAAAAAUCAUAGAGUCCAUCUCAACACACUAAUAAUCCAAAAUCAUGUAUUUAAAUGGAAGACAACAAUAUAACCAUUAUUUCAAUGAAUUUGAAAGAUAUAAAGGAUGAUGUAUAAGCACAAGAGAUAAAAUAGUUGUGUCAGAAUAUAGGCUAUCAUAUGGUCAAAUUUGAAAAAGAAUAUGAUAAAAUAAAUCAAAAAUAAAAUGGAUUUGGUUCAAUAUAAAUUAGAGGUAUUAAUACAGAUUAAAAGCUGGCUACCUUUUAAAGAUCAUUAAGUAGAAAAGGUAUAAAUAUUGGAGAAUAAAAUCAAAAGCUUAGGGAUUUUGUCUCUAAUAAAUAUCUUCUCAAAAGUAAGGAGCAUUCUCAGGCAAAUAAUUAAUCAUCCCAAAAUCAGGAAGAAAAACUUUUAAAUAAUUAUAAAAAGUUCCAAAGUCGAUAAAAAGGGCUAUUUGUGUGA